AUGGUGGUCUCCGCCCAUGCGGCAACUCCAGAUGACGACCCUGUUUGCAUAGUAGGAAUGGCAUGUCGGCUGCCCGGUGGUAUCCGCUCCCCCGAUGAUCUCUGGGAUUUCAUGAUCCAAAAGGAAUCAGCCUACGGACCCGUCCCAGCUGAUCGAUACAAUAUCGACGGUUUCUACCAUCAUCAAAACAACCUCAGCGGCGCAACAAAUGUCCCCGGAGGCUACUUCAUCAACGAGGACGUCCGACAGUUUGACAAUGCCUUCUUUGACAUCAACAACCUUGAGGCCACCUACAUGGAUCCUCAGCAACGCAAGAUUCUCGAAGUCGUAUACGAGUGUCUCGUGAGCUCGGGCACUUCUAUGGAAGCUAUAGCUGGCUCCAAUACCGGCGUUUAUGUGGCCAACUUCACGGUGGACUAUCAGCCUCUGCAGCUGAGAGAUCCUGAUUAUCUGCAUAGAUACGUGACGACUGGGUCAGGUGCCACUAUCAUGUCCAAUCGUAUUAGCCAUGUUUUCAAUCUCCAUGGACCUAGUCUGUCAGUAGACACUGCCUGCUCUUCAUCUAUCUACGCCUUCCACCAAGCCAUCAAAGCCAUCAAGGCGGGAGAUUGUGAUAGCGCAAUUGUGGCUAGUGCCAAUCUGAUCUUGUCGCCUGAGCCUCAUAUUGCUGCUGCCAAGAGCGGGGUUCUCUCAUCCACAGGCAUGUGUCUUACCUUUGACGAAUCCGCCAGUGGCUAUGGUCGAGCGGAAGGCGUCAAUUCUAUCUAUGUCAAGCGCCUAUCCUCUGCCGUAAAGGAUGGAAACCCCAUCCGUGCUGUCAUCAGGGGAAGUGCACUGAAUGCAAACGGGAGGACGCCAGGAAUAUCGCUUCCAGAUAGCGACUUCCAAGAGCUGGCGAUGCGCAAAGCCUACAGUGAUGCCAACUUGGAUGUUUCAGGCACUGAUUACGUCGAGUGCCAUGGUACUGGCACUGCUGUUGGUGACCCUAUAGAGGUAGAGGCGAUUGGAAGAGUCUUUGACCGAGGGUCAGGCGGCAAACUUCUACUUGGAUCGGUCAAAACAAACGUCGGACACAGUGAAGCAGCAAGUGGUCUGACAUCCGUGCUGAAGGUUGUCAAAUCCUUCGAGAAGGGUCAGGUUCCUCCAACUCGGGGCAUCGUUAACCUCAAUCCAAAACUGGUUCUUGCUGAGCGCAAUCUCAUGAUUGCGCAGGAUGCUCACGACUGGCCAAGGGAUCUUCGCCGUGCUAGCAUCAACUCCUUCGGCUACGGCGGUGCCAACGCUCAUAUCAUUCUUGAGUCAGCCGAAAGCUAUCUUGGCAAAGAACCCCGGAUUAGACCAUCCAUGAACAACAUGUCGACAACAAGACAGCAGCGAUCUGUAGUGUUGCCUCUAUCAGCUAGCUCGCCAUUCUCUCUUCAAGCACUAGUCAAUGACAUCUCCUCGAAGCUCCCGCGGCUUGGUCAUGUAAACGAGAUUGACUCGUUGGCUUAUACUCUUACUCAUGGCCGCGACCACCUCAGUCACAGAACCUUUAUUCUAGCAGAUCUUGACAAGAGCGGCGAGCUCUUGCGGACAUUUCGAACGACAACCGGUGAAGAUGACUUCCUUAUGAUGAGGCCGCUGCCCCUUGGCUUUGUAUUUACAGGGCAAGGCGCACAGUACCCAGGUAUAGCCAAGGAGCUGCUCACCAGUUCUGGGACUUUCUGCUCAACAAUCCGCCGUCUCGACUCUGUGCUCCAAGCUCUAGCUCCUGAACACUCUCCAGAUUGGACGCUGGAGGAGACCAUCUUAGACUCUAGCACAUCCCUAAUCAACGAGGUUGAGCGUAGCCAGCCAGUUUGCACAGCCGUUCAAAUCGCACUUGUCGAGCUACUUCACAGCUGGGGUACUCAGUGCAAUGCAGUUGUCGGACAUUCCUCAGGCGAGAUAGCGGCAGCUUACUGUGCAGGCCUGAUCAGUGCCUCGCAAGCCAUCUCGGUAGCUUACUUCCGCGGGUAUGCUGCAGGAAGGAUGCGCACCAGAGGUACUAUGAUGGCAGUUGGGCUGAGUGAUGAAGCUGCUGAGCUGUUGAUCGAGAGUAAAGGGCUCAAAGACCAGAUCCGGGUGGCCUGCAUUAACGCACCUGAGAGUGUCACGAUGAGUGGGUCGGAUGAAGGGAUCCAAGUGCUCAAACAGGCUUUGGAGAGCGACAACAGGUUUUGCCGUCUGCUACAAACAGGCGGUCGCGCUUAUCACUCCUCUAUGAUGAAAGAAGUGGGUGAAUUAUACGAAGAGCUACUUACCCCCCUCUUCACUGGGAAGGGUGCUCGGAAUAGCACUGCUUGUCGCCGUUCGGAUAAAGUCACAAUGCACUCAUCCGUGGGCUACAGCCACGAGAGCCUGAGUAUCUUGGACGAGGGCACGCAUAUGCCAGCGUACCGGAGAAGGAACUUGGAGCAACCCGUUCAGUUCAACUCCGCCCUCUCAAAUCUAAUCUCAAAAGAGGGUAAUGUCCAUCUCAUUGAAAUUGGUCCACACUCCGCCCUUGAAGGCCCGAUAAAGCAGAUCCGGAAACAUCUUGGACUUACUGAAACAGCACUCCCCUAUGUUGCAGCUCUAGUCAGAAAGAAAGAUCCCGACCACUCUGUCAAGACACUUGCUGGAAAGCUCUUUUCCCACGGCCACUCUGUGAACUGGGAUGCAGUCAACAAUCUGCCCAGCAAUGGCUUAAGAAUUAUUCAUGAACUAGCUCCUUACCCGUGGGACUACACACGAAAUCAAGGUGUACUAUGGAGUGAACCCCGAGCCAGCUACGAGAUGAGGAACAGAAAAUAUCUGCGCCAUGAACUGCUUGGUGCUCGCGCUCUUACAGGCAAUGAUAUCGACUACACGUGGCGGAAUCUGCUGCGCCUUGGCGAAAUACCCUGGCUGAAGGAUCAUUGCCUAGAAGAUCAGAUUGUCUUUCCCGCGACAGGUUAUAUGGCCAUGGCUAUCGAGGCUCUUUCUCAGAUCCUUGACGCAAAGGAAAAGCCAGUAGACGAGGUUUCUUUUGAGUUCCGCAACGUCAACAUCAGUGCCGCGCUACAGAUUCCUAACCAGGAGAGGGACGUCUAUUCGAGGGACACUGAUCUGGAACUGCAUACUACCAUGUCUGGCAGCAAGAUCUCCAACACUAGCAGCUCAGUUGACUGGCAUGAGUUUUCCAUCUCAUCCUGGCAGGCUGAAAGAACGAUGCUUCAUUGUAGGGGCAGCAUUUGUUUGGCCAAACCUCUUACAGCUCGAGACAGCCAUAGUGUUGCGUUAUCUGAGACCGAAGGUUUUGACAAAUGGUCUAUGAACAAGUGGUACACAAAAUGGCAUGAGGAAGGUCUCUGCUUCGGCCCUCACUUCCGGUCUCUUCACAGCUUACAAACCGAUGGGGGGCGAAGUCGACGGGAGACAAUUGGGACAACCAGGCUUGAGCCCGCUCUUGAUGGACACGGCGGUACGCCUUACGCCCUUCACCCUAUCACAAUGGAUGCAGCUAUCCAAACAGCUGCUUUGAGCACGGCGGCUGGCCACGUUGACUCCUUGAGGGCCUGGUUACCGGUCUCCAUUUCUCGGUGUAGAAUACAGCCUUCUUCGAGCGGUGUCGAUACUGACGUUGAGAUUCAAGCCUUUUCAGAAGCGACUGGUCUCUCUAGCAGAUCUAUUUCAGCCACAGUACGCGACUCGACUGGCAAGCCUGUGAUGGAUUACGCCGGACUACGAGUUGCUUUGUAUACCGGAAAGAAUGCAAAGGCAGUCGAGUCGUCUACCAUUAGCCAAGGCGGUAAUAACCCUCCAUCAGACUUGUAUACGCAGCGAAACCCAACUUUGAGAGUGACGUGGAAACCUGAUAUUCGACGUCUUGAUCAGAGUGGAGAGUUAAAUUUGAAGGAGUACAUCGCCGCUUUCGUGAAUCAACAAACGGAGGAUUUGCGGGACGAAGAGAGUCUAUCUGUCAUGAGCGCACUGCUUGAUCUGGCUGGACACAAGAACCCGCGUAUGCGUGUACUCGAGCUAGGUGGCGAUGGUCUAGGCUACAAGUCAAAGCACUGGCAGUCGGCCUUGUCCAAAGAUACGGCUUUCUCUAGGUGUCGGUCCUGGCAUGUUGGAACCCUGACAGCGGACGGGAACAUAUCACUGGAGCCGGAUGAUGAAGAAGGCCCAUUUGAUGUCUUGUUACUUCCGAGACAUGAUACUUCGAGGCAAUUCUGGGAUCGGUCUCCCGGACGGCUCAGUGACUUAAUGUCAGAUCAGGGCAUUAUUAUCACUCGAGCGACGGACACUGGUAUGAUGGAGCUAGAGGCUGCUGGCCUCGGUGUCCUGGAUGUCGGGAACCAAAUCCUACUAGGGGUGCGUCCUCUUCAAAUGCCAGGCACCGCGGCGAGGAAUGUCUUCAUUGUGCGUGCCGACAAUGCUUCCACCACUGUGAUAAAACUUGGCGAGGCUGUAUCAGCAAUGCUGUCGGAGCAGGUCGGUAUAUCUCGUGUCAGUGUCAUCAGAUUCAAUGAAAUAGACACUACAGAUAUUACCGAUGCUGACAUAUGUAUCUCCCUUUUGGAAAUGGAGAACGAAUUCCUGGCGACUAUGAACCCACAGGACAUGGAACGGCUGCGCUCCAUAACAUCUACGACAACAAACCUCUUGUGGAUCACAGCCGCAAACAUGCUAGGCCUAACCCCAAACCCCAACCUGACGCUUUCGAACGGUCUUUCCCGCGCUCUGAUGCUAGAACAGCCUGUACUACACUUCUCCAUACUAGAUGUUGGUUCACUCGUUGAUCUCAACACGGAGUUGAUAUGUUCGAGUGUUAUCAAAGUCCUUGGACGUGUGCAUGACAGAGAUGAUUGCGAGUUCAUUCAGAAAGAUGGCCUCUUGCAAAUUAGCAGAUACUGUCCCGAUAUCCAGCUCAAUUCACUCUUCCGGCGGCGUCUUGGACUUCAGGCCGGUAGGGAUCUGGAACCGUUGGCGAGUUCGCAUCCAGCACGACUGUCGAUUGAUCGUAUUGGCGCUAUGGACUCGCUCUUCUUCCAGACAAUAUCUGAGCCUACCACUAACCAUGAUUUGGCCCCUGGCUUUGUCGAUGUCGAUGUCAGAGCCGUUAGUCUCAACGCCAAAGAUGUCUAUACCAUGAGCGGACGCGUGGAUACGCGGAAUAUGACUACGGCAUUUGACUUCUCAGGCCUCGUCACCUCGAUUGGCCAGCAUGUAAACCAUGUCGCAGUGGGCGAUCGCGUUGUUGUAUCCGCCCCUCAUCAUCUCGGAACGGCGGUUCGCGUUCCGGCUGGAUGUGUGCACAAGAUGACACCCGAUGAGGAAUUCACCGUGAUGCCUUCUAUGUUGGUCAUAUAUCCCACUGCGCUGUAUGCCCUCAACGAACGUGCCCACUUACGAUCAGGUGAGUCUAUACUCAUACACGCUGGCUCUGGCGGCCUCGGCAUCGCAGCUAUCAUUCUGGCCCGCAGGAUAGGCGCUACUGUGUACACCACCGUUGGAUCUGAUGUCAAACGCGACUAUCUCAUCAACGAGCUAUCCGUCCCGUCUUCACACAUCUUCAACUCCCGCAACUCGACUUUUGUCCAAGGCAUCAUGAAAGCAACGGACGGUCGUGGAGUGGACGUCAUUCUCAACUCCCUCGUUGGCGAUCUAAUGCACGAUAGCUGGCGCUGCUUAGCAGACUUUGGACGUUUCGUCGAAGUUGGGAAGCGAGAGCUCGUUGAUGUUGGCAAAUUGGACAUGAGCGUGUUUCUUCGCAACGCCACUUUCACCGCGUUCGAUUUGUCGGACCUGUUUUACUCCCAGGACCACUUCCAUCGAUCUAUCUGGGAUAGACUUAUAAGCGAGACAUUACAGCUCUAUCGCGACGGAGAGAUUCAACCGCCUCCGAUCAAGGUCUUUGAUGUUAGUCAGACUGCACAGGCAUAUCGAAGUUUCUUGAGCAAGGAUCGAGUAGGCAAGAUUGUGAUUUCGAUGGAGGAUCAGCAAGCUCGAGUGCCGGUCGUCCCACCUCUUUAUCUAAGUGUUUUUGACCCUGAUAAGGUUUAUCUCCUCGUCGGAUGUCUCGGUGGCUUAGGGCGCAGCUUGAGUCGAUGGAUGAUGGCCCGUGGAGCCCGUCGAUUUGUGUUCCUCGGUCGUUCGGGGGCUGACAGGCCGAGUGCACGUCAACUAAUCUCCUGGCUGGAACGAGCCGGUGCUACGGUCGGAAUAGUCCGCGGUGACGUUGGUAACAUGCCCGAUGUCACGAAAGCAGUUGAAGCUUGUGUUAGUGUGGGAAGACGCAUAGGUGGCGUGGUCCAAGCAGCCAUGGGUCUUUCCGAGUCCCUCUUCGCUAGCAUGUCCAACGAGGCUUGGCAUACUGGGAUCGAUCCCAAGUGGCAGGGAACAUGGAACCUUCACAACGCCCUGCAGGUCCACGUCGAUAAAGACCAAAACAACGAGCCUGACUUUUUCCUCCUCACCUCGUCGGUCUCGGGGACUGUCGGUACAGCUACUGAAAGCAACUACUGUUCGGCCAACGGUUUUCUCGAUGCUUUCGCUCGAUGGCGUCGGUCGCGCGGUCAACCUUGUGUUUCGGUUGGUCUAGGUAUGAUCUCGGAAGUGGGCUAUCUGCACGAGAACCCUGAGAUUGAGAGCUUGCUUCUGCGCAAAGGCAUCCAGCCUCUCAAUGAAGAUGCGUUCCUACAGAUUGUCGAUCUUGCGUUGACUAGUGAGCAAGAUGGUCGAAUUGACGACUCACAUCUACUAACUGGCCUGGAGUCUGCUGCAAUUCGCGAGCUCAGUGCCCAAGGGUUCGACGUCACCAGCCACGGCGUCCUAAACGAAGCACGCUCCUCAAUCCUCCUAGCCUCCGUAUUGGCAGAAAAAGAGGCUCAGGAUGUGGCUCCCCAAGACGGUCACCUAGCCGUUGUGGCGGCGGCAGAAUGGUUCAAGAGCAUUCCCUCGGCUCUAUCACCCGUUUUUGCCCCGGUUGCAGACUCUGCUUCCCUGCGCAUUGCAAUCAUGCAGCUGAUAAAGACACGCUUCUCUAACCUGAUCCUUGUCCCUGUAGAUCAGAUCAGUGAGGAUAAGCCGCUGCCUAACUUUGGUGUUGAUAGCAUGAUUGCAUCAGAGUUUCGCUCAUGGUUCUGGUCAGUUUUACGGAUGAAUAUUCCCUUUUUGGACAUUAUGAGCACGAAAACGACUUUGAGCACGUUGGCAGAGUUAGUAGAAGGGAAGCUUUAG